AUGACGAAAAGCCAACACUGGUCGUGGACCGGCCUCAUCGCCGCAUUUCAUAUUGGUUGCGCCGUCACAUCGACGACUACUCACCCACCUUGGUUUAACGGAUACUACGUGCAUUUUCAGGGUGGCGCCACACAGACCGAGACGAUCAGCUGUGAAAAAACAUCCUCUUUCGCAACCUCCGGAUCCUACGCCAACUGCUGCGGCACCAAAGGCGAAAAAUGCCCCAUGCCAACGACCUGCCUUGAUCACACGGUGUAUAUGGACAAUGGCGCAUACUACAAAUGCGGCACAUCCAGCGAAUGCGCCACCAUGACCGUCUACGAAACGUACCCGUUCGGCGAACCCUUCGUCAAGAACGUCUUCUGCUGGCCCGACUGGGACGCCCACACCGUAUACCGCCAACUACCCACCUUCCCGACCUCCACCGCCGCCACAACAACCGGCCUCUCGGCGUCCGCCGGCUCAACCGUCCCCCAGGCGACCGUCAGCAGCACGAGCACGAGCACAGGCACCAGCGCUGCCGAUUCCGAUUCCGAUUCCCGCUCCGACUCGUCCUCUAAUAAAGGCUGGAUUGCCGGCGCCGUGGUCGGGCCCGUCUGCGGCGUCGCGCUGGGCCUGUUCGGCGUCUGGGUGGGAUAUCGUAAGGCACAGAAGGCACGCGCCAUGCAGGCUGAGGCGGCGCUGGCGCCGCAGGUCGCCCAGUCGCAGUAUAUCCAGGGUGGAGGGUAUCCGCAGGAGGCGUAUGGGAGGGCAGUGUAUGCGCAGCCGCAUGUGGAGUUGGAUUCGUCGAAUUUGCAUCAGAAGCCUUGA